AUGGCGGAACACAAUUUGACGAUUAAAAUUGUACUGGACGUUGCCGCUUUAUUUAUCGUCGCUUUCCCAAUACUAGCUCUAAUAUUGUGGGCGCAACCGUACGAAAGGGGGUACUUCCCAAACGAUGAAUCUAUAAGCCUACCCUUCAAAGACCAAACCAUCUCAGAAAGUCUGCUGGCAGCUCUUGGGUUUGCUUUAUUGGUUGUAACAAUCCUAAUAGUGGAAAUAAUACGUAAUGUGAAAGGAAAAUCGGUAACUGAUAAAACCCUAUGCGGCUUCGAAAUCCCGGGCUGGGUUUGGGAGACCUACGUGGGGAUUGGUGUCUUCUCUUUCGGGGCUUCUUGUCAGCAGCUCCUGGUCACUGUAGCCAAGUACGUCAUCGGCAGGUUGAGACCGCAUUUCUUUGACGUGUGUAAGCCGACCCCCCUCACAACGACAGCGCAGGGCUACGUGACUAGGUUUACUUGCGCAGGCGCCGAUAGUGCAAAACUGACGGAUAUGCGGCUGUCCUUUCCCAGCGCACACGCAAGUUUCGCUAUGUACUGCGCUGUAUUUUUUAUCCUUUACAUCGAAGUGAAGGCAAGAUGGCGCGGUUCAAAGUUGCUACGUCACGUCGGCCAAUUCGUGGUCUUACUGGCUGGUUUCUAUGUGGGUUUAUCCAGGAUAGUCGAUCACAUGCACCACUCCAGCGAUGUGGCUGUUGGAUUUGUCCUGGGUGGAGUUAUAGCACUUAUAACCUUCGUCUAUCUCUACAAACCAAAGAAAUCGGGUCCCCGGAACUCGUGGCUCACAGAACCGUCCACUCAACCGGAAAUCCUACCACGACCCGUACUUAUGACACAUCAUUAG